CAGGAACAUUCCUGGUUUGACGAUCGGGCUCGUGGCUGCUUCCAUGAUUUGCUGAGCAAUUCGAUACUCGCUUCAAGGAUGUGUGUGUGUGUGCGCGCGCGUGUGAAUGUGUGUGUCGAGAGGGACAGUUGCAGUGAGUGAGUGAGUAAGCGAGCGAGAGAGGGAGAAAGUUGGAGAGUGUGUUACUGUCUCCCUUGUUCGCACUCAGUCGGAAUAUCUGAUUUGCUUUCGUCUCCUGCGAGUUCGUACUUCUGCAACCGCCGGCGUUUCUAAGUCAACUUUGAAGAUUCGAACCGAAAACAGACGCGUAGAAAAAUACGCUUCUUUGUUAUUUUAUUACAGUAUAUCUGUACUUUAACGCCAGAGUCUAAUGGAGGGGCCCGUGCGGAUUUGCAACUGUAAGAAUGCGUUUUUCAUGUAGUUCGUCCGGCUGGCCGAAGCUCGUAACCUCCAGUGAGAGAGGUGUCGGGGCAGAGGAGCAGAACUCAGGGCUCUGGGACGUCCCGACGGGGUGACAGGGGGGAGAGGAGCCGAAUUUGGGGCUCCAGGACGGCCGGAGGGGGCCAUGGCCGCCGCCCCGGGGGUCCUCUCCACCUUCCUGUACCUGUGCCACGCCCUCCUCAUCAGCUGCUCAGAUGCGUCUCUCUCCUUCCACCUGGAGCCCCGCCCCGUGGUUCAGAAGCAGGGGGGCGUGGUCAACCUGAGCUGCUCCCUCAGCCCCUCCUCCUCCUCCUCCUCCUCCGCCUCGGCACGGCUGUCCUGGCGUUUCGGGGGCCGGCCCCUGGACCCGACGGCCGCGCCCGGGGUUCGGAUCGGGCCCGGCUCCCUCACCCUCCCCUCCCUUCAGCCCGGCCAGACGGGGCAGUACCAGUGCGUGGCGCACUCCGAAACGGGCACCGUCGCCAGCCGCCCCGCUCGAGUCACUAUCGCAGAUAUUGGCGAGUUUGGCAGAUCGUCCCGGCGGCCGAUGACCGUGGAGGAGGGCAGUACGGCGCUGAUCCAGUGCCACCUGCCCCCCAGUGACCCCCCAGCCCUGCCGCGGCUCCGGGUUCGAGGGGAGUGGCUGGAGAAAUCCACAGGCGAAUAUUUAAUUCUCCCGUCUGGGAACCUUCAGAUUGUGUCCGUGUCCCCCCAGCACCAGGGGAUGUAUAAGUGUGGAGCGUACAACCCCGUCACCCGGGAAACCAGGGUGGAGGCCCACGGAACAAGGCUUACCGUCAAACGCUCUGAUGGCCCCUCCCCUGUGCGCGUGGUGUACCCCGUCACCCCGCAGACCGUCGCCGUGGCGAUUUCCGAGUCCGCCAUCUUGGAGUGCGUCUUGGCAGGAAGCCCCGCGCCCGUCGCCCGCUGGACCAAAGACGGACAGGAAGUGGUGCCGGGGGCCAAUCACAGACUGCUACACGGCAACCUGGUUGUGACCGCCGCGAGGGAGAGCGAUGGCGGUAGCUACCGGUGUUCCGCUGGGAGCGAGGAGGCCGGGGACCUGGUCCACGCGAACUACACCGUCAGCGUGCUCGUGGGCGCUUCUGUGUCAAGAGGUUUGAUGGACCAGCUGGCGUCUCCGGGCUCGUCCGUCCGCUUCACCUGCGCCGCUGAGGGAAACCCCGCCCCCAACGUCACCUGGCUUUUCAACUCCGCCCCCGUCACCCCUUCGCCCCGCCUCCAGAUAUCUGGCUCCUCCCUCCAGAUCGCUGCGGUAACGCAGCAGGACGAGGGCGCGUACCAGUGCCUGGCGGACAACGGGAUUGGAUCAGCCCAGUCGGCUGGUGUUCUCACUGUCCAAUCAGGCCCGACCUCCCUGCCAGUCAUCCAGACUCCGCCUCUAAACGGGACCUAUCAGGAGGGGGACGGCGUCUUACUGUCCUGCAACGCCAGCGGCCGACCCCCGCCCCGCAUCCGCUGGUACAACGCCUCCGGCCCCAUCGCCGCCCGUCCCGCUCGCCUGCUCCAGCCCCAGCAGGCCGAAGCCAGGGCCCCCGGUGCCGGCCCUCCCCACCUCGUCGUGUCUCGCCCGGGCAGCAGCUCACUUUACAUCCAGGCUGCGAGCCGGGCCCACUCUGGGAAGUACGUCUGCGAGGCGUCCAAUGAGCUGGGCUCUGUGCGGGCCGAGGCCUUCCUCACUGUCGUGCCCGUGGUGACCGCUACAGUGGGUAUGACUGCGGAGGCCCCUCCCCCUCCUCCCUCAGUUAACCCAAUCCAGAGCGAUGAGGGGGAGGGGCCAUUCCUGGAGGUCGAGGAGGAGGAGGAGGAGGAGCUGGGGUACAGCCAGGACACGCCCGUCGAGAGGAAGAGCGACACGCCCACCCCUGAGGCACCAAUCAUAACGAGCCCGCCGCAGACCCACAAGCCGGACGUGUACGACCUGGAGUGGAGCGCGGGGCGGGCCUGGGGCAGCCCCAUCAACGCCUACUUCGUCAAGUACCGCAAGCUGGAUGACGUGGGGGACGUGGCAGGCAGUUGGCACACGGUCCGGGUGCCGGGCAGUGAGAAGGCCCUGCGCCUGUCUGACCUGGAGCCCUCCAGUCUGUACGAGGUCCUGAUGGUGGCACGCAGCGCAGCGGGGGAGGGGCAGCCCGCCAUGCUCACCUUCCGCACCGCCAAGGAAAAGAGCACUUCCCCCGGCAAGAAUGACUCCAAGGCGCCCUUUCCGUUCCCGCCCGAGAAGGUUCCGGAAAGCGAGAACGCCAACACGCACUUUGGGGUGGUCAUGCCCGACCGGGUUCCGGAGGCCCCGGACCGGCCCACCAUUUCCAUGGCGACGGAGAGCUCGGUGUACGUGACCUGGAUCCCGCGGGCCAACGGGGGCUCUCCGAUCACGGCGUUCCGCGUGGAGUACCGCCGCCAGGCUCGGAACGCCGACUGGGCCGUCGCCGCGGACAACAUCUCCCCGCUGAAGCUGUCGGUGGAGGUGCGCACGCUGGAGCCAGGCUCCACCUACCGAUUCCGCGUGGUGGCCCUGAACACGUACGGCGAGAGCCCGCACAGCGCCCCCUCCAGGCCGUACGCGGUGUCGCCCGUCGGCCCGCCCAUCUCCAGCCGCCCGGUGGCCGGCCCCCACAUCACCUCCACCGACGCCGUCAGCGACACGCAGAUCAUGCUGCGAUGGACGUACACUCCGUCCAGCAAUAACAACACUCCCAUCCAGGGAUUUUACAUCUACUAUCGUCCCACAGACAGCGACAAUGACAGCGACUACAAGAGGGACGUUGUGGAAGGCAACAAACAGUGGCACCUGAUUGGCCAGCUCCAGCCAGAGACGUCCUAUGACAUCAAGAUGCAGUGCUUCAAUGAUGGAGGGGAGAGUGAAUACAGCAACGUCAUGAUCUGUGAGACCAAAGCCCGUCAGGCCCCAGGAGCGCCCCGGGAGAACCCGAUCACGCCGCCCGGCCCGUACCCCCCCGACCCCCCCGCCCAGGCCGGGGGGCUGCUGUACCUGAUCGUGGGCAGCGUGCUGGGCGUGAUGCUGCUCAUCCUGCUGCUCUUCAUCGCCAUGUGCCUGUGGAGGUACCGCCAGCAGAGCAGCCUGCACAAGUACGACCCCCCCGGCUACCUGUACCAGCCGGCGGAGAUGAACGGGCACGUGCUGGAGUACAGCGCCCUGUCCGGGACGGGCAGGAUCAACGGCUACGGCCACGCCGGGACCCUGCCCCCCUCCAGCUGCCCCCACCUCCACCACAAACUGCCCAACGGCCUGGCGCUGGGCAACGGGACGGGCCCCGCCCACUGCCCCUCCGCCCACCUGCACGGCCACGCCCACAACCACAGCCACGACGGCCCCCUGGAGUACGAGCACUCCCACCCCCACCACAUCCACAACGGGGGCGGAACGUACACGGCGUUGCCCCAAUCAGAUUCCUCCGACUGCAUGAGCUGCCAGAACUUCUGUAACAAUAACAGGUGCUACACGAAAGCCAACGGAACUUACUCCAGCGGCUCCCUUCCCAUGAUGCACCGCGUGGCGCCGUGCCAGCAGGACGCGCUGGAGAUGGUGCCCCUGGGUCACGUGACCUCCCGCUGCCAGGGUUCCGAGCCCCAACCUCUCCCGGGGGACGAGGGAGGCGGGGACACCAGGCAGGGGGAGGAGCCAGGAGAGAAGACCCCGCCCCUCUCCCAGCAUUCCUGCUGUCAGUCAGGGGACUACCAGUGCUGCUCAUUGGAGGAAGGAGAGGAGGAGCUGCUGUUUGAGGAGGACCCGGAGGGGCUGGGCGUGUGCUGGGAGAGCCUGGGGCUGCCUGAGCUGGACUGUAAGGAGAGAGGAGCCUGGAUAUCCAGUGGCAGUCUGAGAGGAGGCCUUAUACAGCCGACAGUACAAGAGAUCUGAACACACACACACACACACACACACACAACCAUACACAGACACCCACAUACACAUGC